AUGGAUAGAGCUAUCCAACAGACAGACUACGAUGCUUUUUCUUGCAAAAUAUGUGCUAUAAGCAAAAUGUACUUGCCAAGCAGCAAGGAACUGGAAUUUUGUGGGAUGCGGGGAUUUUCAGAGCUGCAUAUGGCGUAUGCUCAACAAUUGAAAGGCCUCAAUAGAAGGGCAUAUGGCAAAGUCCAAACGGCAAUUCGACAAGGUCAGCCUUUGAUGAAUUAUGGGACUUAUUUGAGAACCCUGAUUGUCGACAUAGAAUGCAAAUCGUUUUUGGAGAACGCUGCAAAUGAAAAUUCAAAGAUUCAAAUACUCAACUUGGGUUGCGGUUCCGAUUUGCGAAUGCUCUUCUUCCUCAAUCAAUAUCCACAAUUGACCUGGAUAGACCUGGAUUUUGCAGAGUCCGUUUCGCUGAAGGCCAAGAUCUUAAAAAAAAACGAACAGUUUAGAAAUACUCUUGGCGAGCCCCAAGGUGCGGACGACACAGAGUACAUUUCAGAUCGUUAUUUGCUCAAAAGCUGCAACUUAAACCACACACAAAAAGUGCUUGACAUACUAUUAGAGUCUAGUGUCCCAGAGGUUCCAACAUUGGUUAUAACAGAGUGCGUACUCUGUUAUAUGGAUCUCUCACAAUCACAGGCUUUGAUCGACAACGUGGUUUCAUUUUACGAAACCGGAACCUGGGUCUCGUACGAUCCCAUUGGCGGUAACGAAGCAGACGACAGGUUUGGUGCGAUCAUGCAAGCCAAUCUUUGGGAGUCCAGACAAUUGGAACUCCCAACUCUCAUGUUUUUCAACUCAGUGGAAAAAUACGCUCAAAGAUUCGAAGACGAAACAAAACAUACCCAAAUCGAAACAGUGUGGCAGUACUAUAUCCAGCAAAUACCACAGGAAGAGAAAAAUCGGCUGAAGUCGCUUCAAUUCCUGGAUGAAAUUGAAGAGCUAAAAUUGAUUCUUUCGCAUUAUGUACAUUCAAAAUCUUCUUGGUGA